AAUCACAGACACACGCACGUACUUACACACGCACAUGCAAGCGUUCUGCCAAAUUUAUGGCUAUUCGUGUUGCUAGAAGUCUGACUUCUUGACCUUUUCCAUUGUUGAAUCUUCACAAAGGCAAAACCGCAAAAACUUGCCAUACAGGUUUGUCAAAAUCCUGCGCCGCGAUACAAAGCAGACGUCCCCUGAUACGUGUGUUUAAGUUUUAAAGGUGGACAGUAGGAAGAAUGGCAUCUAAAACCCAGGUGACACUUCCCAAGGCCAGCGGAGAGGCCUUUAACCAAAAGGAAUUCCCUUUCACGAACCUGGUCAUGGAAGGGGGAGGGGCGAAGGGAAUCGCCUAUGUGGGGGCAAUGAAGAUUCUAGAGGAAGCCGGCAUCAUGAAGAACAUCAAACGGUUCGCCGGCACCAGCGCAGGCGCAAUAACGGCCGCCAUGGUAGCUGUGGGGAUGACGUCAGAGGAGAUUCUGAAGGAGAUGAGUGAGGUGGACAUGAUGAAGGUCGUGAUCGACGGUGGCGGUCCCCUGCCUGGCGUGUUUAAAAAGGUAGGGAUGGCGUUCAACGUGGUGUGUUCGUCCGGCGCUAACCCGGGAAACAGGUUCCUGGACUGGAUGGGAGGCAUCCUGGAGAAAUACCUGGCAAAACACAAGCACAAGGACCUGGGGAAGGACGUCACAUUUUCACAGCUUUACCAAGCCUUCGGCCAUGAGCUGUGUAUCGUGGCCUAUAACGUGGAGUACGCGCAGGAAACUUACUUCCACGUCAAAACCACGCCUCUGAUGAAAGUACGGGACGCCGUGCGCAUGUCCAUGUCUAUUCCAGUUGUGUUCCAGCCGUAUGAGCUCCUGGGGUUCAAGUACAUGGACGGUGGACUGGUGGCUAACUAUCCCGUCUACUGUUAUGAUGGCUGGUGGUUGUCCAUGGAGAAGGGUGACACGUUUCAGGACAGGAUGGGAGACAAGUCGGACGCCGAGGUCAAGAAGAUGCUGAGCCCGGAAAACAAGAAGGAACGUUUCGGUGGUCCCGAUCACGAGCGCAUGGAGACACUGGGGAUGCUUCUGUUCUCGGAGGAGCUGGACCGGGAGCAGUACGAGUAUGUCUUCCAGGACCGGCUGAAGAAACUGGCAGAAGAAGACCAGGCCUUCAAGAAACGUCGUCCAGAUACUGAGGCGGCAAGGGCCUACUUGAAGGCGCAGGCGGAGCGUGACAAGUUUAACCACGAUGCUGUAGCCGGGUUCGAGGAGUCCCUGAUGCUGUUACAGAAGGUCAACGAUGUGUGGAAGGGGUCAAACGAGGACAACCUGAGGGACAACUUCAUGAAGGCCUUCCAGCCCGGUACGUUCAAAGCAACUCUCAGCGGCUUUGACAACGAGAAAGCUUUUGACGCCCUCUUCCCAAAGUUCGAAGGGCAGCACCGGACGAACCAAGUUGUGGAGAGCAUCAUGACAAACUUCGCAGUUCUGCAGACCUUCAAGCACAAAGUGAUCGGCGAGAGGCAAAUCCAGACGCCUCUGCAGCUGUACGGCUCUCUCCUCGACUUCUUCGGCAAGAACUAUUCCCCAAGUAAGAAAGACGUGGCGCGAACCGUCGGUAUUGAUGUUGACUACGUGGGAACCAUGGACUUUGACAUGGCACCCGAGGAUAUGAACUUCCUCAUGGAGCAAGGUGCCUCGGCCACCAUUGCUUUCCUAAAAGGCUACACUGACGACCAGUGAAGAGCUCAUAAAGAACGACUAUGCUUAAAAAUUGAUUGGAACAUCACCCAUACAAGCUUUAACAAGUUCUUAAGUUCAAGUUUUUUUUUUACAACAAGGACUUUGGGGGUAGGAUAUUGGGAACUACUUUUGCAAUUUAGAGAAUCUUGUAUGCUGCAAAUAGUACUGUAAAAUGGACAUUUUAUUAACAAACGCAUACUAGAUAAAUAAAUAAGGUAAUUUUAGAACUUAAUUGUAGAAACGCUUUUCGUUAGAUUUAAUCUUAUCAAUACAUCCUAAGCCCUAAUCCACUUUUAUCCAGCUGUCUAAUUCGGUAACGGACUUUCCUCAUGUGUAUUUUACAAUAACGAGUCGUAAAAUAAUCGUGCUAAUAAUGUAUUCGCAUCUGCAUCAUACGGUUGUAAUCGAAUUGGAAGCAGUAGCCUUUUAGAACGCACAGGGAACGCCACUAGAUUAUUACUUCUUUUAGUUAAUCAAUUAAUAAUGUGCGAAGGCAACCUUAUUUU